UGGCUCAGCUGAGCUGUUCAACACUGUUUACUAUGGUCCCACACACACUCUCUCUCUCUCUUCUUUUCCGUGUAUAUACGCUGUUUCUCUCUCUAAAUUCCACGGCGUUUCCUUCCUCGAGUUUUCUUUCUUUGUAUGAAAUCAACCCCACAAUUCCCAAAUCCAAACUCUCUCACUUUCUUUCUCAGUCCUCCCAAUACGUUCAAAAUUUCCUAAUCCACUUCUAGAUUUUUUUUUUUUUAAAUUUUUCUCUCUAUCUCUUCUCUUUUAUUUAUAAAUCUAUUUCUCUGUUUUUCGUAGAGAUUUUUUUCUUUAAUUUUUUUUUUUUUUAAGUAAUGGGUAAAAAAUUGCCUGCUUGGUGGCCGAGAAAAUCGAGUAAGAACAAAGAAGAACAUCGACAGAAUCAGCUUCAGCACCAAAACCCACAUGGAAACCACAACAGCUUCCUAAAAUCUCCCAUCAGGACCGAUAAUAAGAAAGCCAAAGACAAGCCCAAGAGCUUUGACGAAGUCUUCCCCCGCGGUUCGCCGAGGGCCAGCAAGGACUUUGGUGCUCCGGGUGGAUCAUCUUCUGCGUUUUCGGGUUUCGAUUCGGAUGGUCCAGAGAAGCGUGGCCAUCCUCUGCCUCGGCCAUCUGUAUCGUCCACGCAAAGCAUUGGGAUUGAUCAGGCGGUUGGGUUGGGAUCCGGGUCGUUCUCGGGUUCCAGCGUUAGCUCUUCUGGGUCUUCGGAGGACCACCCGGUUGCUCAUGAUCAUGGUCAAUUUAGUGCUUUCAGGUUGGGUUUGAAGGGAUCACCUGCUUUGGGAUUUGGAGGAAAUGGCGAUCCGAAAUUCAACGCAAGGUCAAGAAGCCCAAAUCCAGGGUCUAGGGGACCCACUAGCCCCACAUCCCCUCUCCAUCCUCUGUUUAGUGGCAUGGGUCUCGAGUCUCCAACGGGGAAGCAAGAAGAUGGAAAGAGCCAAUGUCAUCGGUUGCCUCUUCCGCCAGGUUCCCCUACUAGCCCUUCUGCCUUGUCUAACACUAGAAGUGGUGCUGUUACUGAAAGCGCAUCCUGCACAGUCUCAAAAUGGAAAAAGGGAAAGCUUCUAGGGAGGGGAAGUUUUGGCCAUGUUUAUGUUGGAUUUAACAGUGAAAGUGGACAAAUGUGUGCGAUAAAAGAAGUCAGGCUUGUUUCUGAUGAUCAGACAUCGAAAGAAAGUCUUAAGCAACUGCACCAGGAGAUAUAUUUGCUUAGUCAGCUCUCACAUCCGAACAUUGUUCGCUACUAUGGAAGUGAAUUGGCUGAAGACACCCUCUCAGUUUAUUUGGAAUAUGUGUCUGGUGGUUCGAUCCACAAAUUACUUCAAGAAUAUGGCUCCUUUAAAGAACCUGUUAUUCAAAAUUAUACCAGGCAGAUUACUUCUGGGCUUGCAUACUUACAUGGAAGAAACACAGUGCACAGGGACAUCAAAGGGGCAAACAUAUUAGUAGAUCCCAAUGGCGAAGUCAAGUUGGCAGAUUUUGGCAUGGCUAAACAUAUAACAAAUUGUUCUUCGAUGCUCUCUUUUAAGGGAAGUCCAUACUGGAUGGCUCCUGAGGUUGUAAUGAAUACCAAUGGAUACAGUCUUGCGGUGGAUAUAUGGAGCUUGGGGUGUACAAUUCUUGAAAUGGCUACGUCCAAACCUCCAUGGAGUCAGUAUGAAGGGGUGGCUGCAAUAUUUAAAAUUGGGAACAGCAAAGAUAUUCCAGAAAUCCCUGAUUAUCUUUCCUAUGAUGCAAAGGAUUUUGUGAGGUUAUGCUUGCAACGAGAGCCAUUGUCACGUCCUACAGCAUCCCAACUGUUAGACCACCCUUUCAUUCGGGACCAAACAACAACAAGAGUUGCUAACAUCAAUCUUACCAAAGAUGCCUUUCCCUAUGCUUUUGAUGGAAGCAGGACACCGCCAGCUUUAGAGCCUGUAGUAACAACUUCAAGACCUUUGAGGAGCCCCAGAGAAAAUACAAGAGUGAUUGCUUCUUUGCCUGUAUCACCCUGUUCAAGCCCGUUAAGACGAUAUGGACCAGCAUACAAGAGCUGUUUUCUUUCUCCUCCUCAUCCUACGUUUGCCAUGCCAGGACAAAGUGCAUACAAUUUGAAUGACUACUCAUCAUAUCAAAUGAGAUCAAGCCCAUUGCAUAUUCUUGAUUCUUGGCGUGAAAUGCCUCUAGCAAAUUCCCAAACACCUGGUGGAUCCCCAAGAACGAGACCGAUUUGAAUUUGUGUAUGAACACUAUCAGACGAUGAGUUUUUUACUUCGUCUCCCACAGUGCCAUAUGGACUGGAAUUGCCCUGCUCUUACUCUUAAAAGUAUAUUGGUUUUGGCAGAUAAAGUUUUGCCUACCCUUUGCAGGAACAUUUGAACUCCAUUAUGUGUGGGAAUCUGGAAAGGGGUCGGUUCAGGGGCUUGGUAAAACCUUCUAUGCAUGUGGGAGGCGCUGGUUUUUCAACCCUGUAACGGUAUCUUCAUGAUUGUUGUAAAUGGAAGGUGGCCACUGUUUGUAAAAGUUAUGUUGUACAUCAGUUAAUGGCAAAAAAAAAAAAAAAAAAAAAAGUAUAUAUAUUUUGCUUAUACCAGCACUUCCAGGCUCCAGCUGCUUACUGAUCCACAGGUGUAGAACUGUGUUAUUUACUUUGAUCUAUAUUUUUCUAAUCUUUCGACCGUUUGAGCUGUCAA